CUCCGCGACUACAGCGCAUCUAGUACCACAGCAGGUCAGAGCACUGAAGCAACACAUCCAACCUGGCUGGCUUUAUCAACAUAUACUCUCAUAAAGUUACUUUGUUUACGGAUAUGAAUGUUUAAAAGGAAGGAAAACGCCGUCGCUUCCAUAUUUUCCCAACAGACUUUACAGAAAGAGCAACAUCCACUUUGCUGUACAAGUUGAGGAGGACGGCAGGAGCGAGAGAGGACGUUUUACUCGACAGUGUGAGUUUCUGCAAUGCUCAAUAGACCUGGAUGUGCUUCUCUAACGCCUCCAGAAGCUGAAGAAAGGGCGUCAUUAACAGCACCAGUGACCCCACUAAGCCGCCGUCAUGGCCCUGGUUCAGGCUCUGCCCAUGUCUGCCGAGCCCCACACCCCGGUCCACGGCGGAGCCCGUAGACGGCACGCCUCCGGCCCUUCACCCCCCAUCAACCCCCCGCCAGCGCUGGACCCCCUGGGCUCUGUGAGCAGCCUGGUCUCGGCCCGCCCGGGCCCCUACACGGACCACCACCUCUGCGUGGAGCCGGGGGCCAGAGUCCGGCGGCCCACGCCCGGAGCAUCUCGUCUGGGCUCUGAAUCCCCCCACGACCCACCGCUGCAGAACAUCCCACCUCUUAAGAAACAGAGCUCCGGGGCGUCCAGCAGAGGGCUGGACAAACACAGCGGGAGUGUGAACUAUACCUACAUACACGAGGACUACGUGGAUGACUGGCAUGAGAACCGUGUUCCUCCUGUCCGUCUGGGGAGAGAUGCAGAUGAGACUAAGGAUGAAUUAGGUUUACUUGGAAAUAUGGGUGGACCGCCUCCAAAACUGAUCCCAGUGUCUGGAAAACUGGAGAAGAACAUGGAGAAGACGGUGCUGCGGCCCACGGCCUUCAAACCCGUCAUUCCCAAGAGCCGCUCCUCCAUGCAGUACCUCUCUCCCCGUCACUGUGCCAACGUAACGGACAGCCAGAACAACCUGAACCUGCCGGGCCCGGCCCAGAGGGAGGCGUCCCCCUCCUGCUCGGAGAAACGCAGCUCCUACAGCGGAGGACGCAACGCCAGCGGCGGCAGCAGCCAGUCCUGCUCCCUGUCCGACUCGGGCCGCAACUCCCUGUCCAGCCUGCCCCCGUACGGCGGCGGCAGCUACAGCCUGGCCCCGGGAGAGAUCCCCGCCGGCCAGCUGGAGCCCACCAAGGGCAUCCCGCCGGCCGGGGCUCACGGACACUCCAACUCCGACAGCGGGCGCUCCUCGUCCAGCAAGAGCACGGGCUCGGGCUCCAUCAGCGGGCGGGGGCAGCCGCUGUCCGACAGCGGGUCCAGCGGGCGCUCGCCCGGGCCCAUGGAGGGCUACGAGGGGGUGGUGAGGGACCUGGAGGACAAGCUGAGGGAGAGAGAGCUGGAGCUGCAGCAGCUCCGAGAUAACCUGGAUGACAAUGAAGCUGCCAUUUGUCAGGUGUACGAGGAGAAGCAGCGGCGCUUCGAGCUGGAGCUGGAGGAGCUGCGGCAGGGCUGUGCUACCAGGAUGCAGGUGGCCUCUCAGAAGGCCCAGCGCUCCCAGCAGGUUCUGCAGCUGCAGGUCUACCAGCUCCAGCAGGAGAAGAAGAAGCUGCAGGAGGACUUUGCUCAGCUGCUGAAGGAGCGGGAGCAGCUGGAGGAACGCUGCUCCUCCUACGAGCACGAGAAGAUCCAGCUGGGGCCUCGGCUGGAGGAGACCAAGUGGGAGGUGUGCCAGAAGUCUGGAGAGAUCUCCCUGCUGAAGCAGCAGCUGAAGGAGGUGCAGGGGGAGUUGUCCCAGCGCGUGGGGGAGAUCGUGUCUCUGCGGGGUCAGCUGAGAGAGGCCCGCGGGGAGCUGACCAACACCCAGGUGCAGCUGCAGGAGGCCAACGGCUCCACCCGCACCCGCAUGCUGGAGCUGGAGGUGUGCGAGAACGAGCUGCAGCGGCGCAAGAGCGAGGCCGAGCUGCUCAGGGAGAAGGUGGGACGGCUGGAGGGAGAGCUGGUGAACCUCAGGGACACCCUGGCCAGCCAGGGCCCCGGGAACAGGCAGUGCCAGGUGUUCCAGGAGGCCGAGGAGCAUCUGCUGGCCUACGAGAGCGACGAGGCCAAGGCCCAGAGGCAGAGCAGCAGCGAGGCCCUGCAGAGCAUGAGGACGCACAUGGACAGGAUGAAGUCUGAGCUGGCCUACGAGCGCCAGAGGGUGGAGCAGCAAGCGCUGGGGUUCGAGGAAGAGCGCAGGAUAUGGCAGGAGGAGAAGGACAAAGUCAUCCGCUACCAGAAACAGCUGCAGCAGAACUACGUGCAAAUGUAUCGCAAGAACCGAGAGCUGGAGCAGCUCCUGCAGGAGCUGAGCCUGGAACUGGAGAGCAGGGAGGAGGACGAGGGCAGCGGCAACGAGAUCAACUUUGACGAGAUCGCUGCAACAGAAAUCUAACCCGCCACGUCGGCACGGUUUUUCUGUUGUUUUUUUGUCUUCUGUUAUUCCAUUUGCACUACUGUCAGAUAAAUACUUUUCCCAGAUCUGAAGCUCCUGUCCUUUGUGGCCAGGAAUGUUGUGUAUGGGACACAUUUGUAGAUAAAUGUUUCAAAUGUACAGGACUGUCUCAGAAAAUUAGAAUAU